UAUACAUUUUGUGCUAUAAAUUUCGCUUCCUAAAUAGACGUAAGACAUACAUCAACGAAAAUGAAUGUUUUUGUAAAGUCCCUGGUAUCGAUUGUUAAACCGAUACCAUUGGCAAGAAGUAUUACAACGAGUUGUACAUUAUGUAAAAAUGAAUCUGAAGAUAUAAUUCAUCCAGAUGGUCAUGAACCUCAUAUACCGCCGUAUAUUGAACGUAACAAUGAAAAUACGGAAGUUAAAAGAGCUAGGCUGGUGUAUCAAUCUCGUAAACGCGGCAUGUUAGAGAACGGCCUCCUUUUAAGUACGUUCGCCAAACAAUAUUUGUCAGAUUUUAAUGAUGAACAGUUACAACUAUAUGACCGUCUCAUAAACUUACCAUCAAAUGAUUGGGAUAUAUUCUAUUGGGCCACAGGAGCAAAGCCCACCCCACCUGACUUUGAUAAUGAAAUUAUGGACUUGUUAAAAAAACACAUAAAAAAUGAGGAUCGCCAAUUAAGAAUAGUGCAACCUGAUUUAUAA